CACUCCCACCUCGGCCGAUAGUUCUGUCCUCGUCAUUCACCCCCGAGAUUCGGCGCUUUACGUACGCAAGUUAAAACAAAUCCAAACAAAUCGAAACACGCACGGGAUGAGCUUUUUGUCGAGAACAUUGAAAACCAGGUCAAGGUUACUUUAGAAGAAUGAGGCAGCCAAGCGUCGGCAUGUCGAUACCCAAUGACGCGUCAUACCCCGUCGAGGGAUCGCCCGGGACUCGGGAAAAAUGACUGGUCCCCUGGACGGGAUUGCAUAACCUCAAAAAUUAUUUUGACAGCUCUGGCCAAAGGCAUCCUCGAAUUUACACCUGAGACCCGAUCGCGCAGGUAUGGCGCCGGAUAUAUUGAAAAGCAGUUUGGAGAACGCCUCAUUCAACGUUCUCUUUCAGGUACUAUGUCGCUGCGUGACGUCGAUCCUCAAUGCCUUCGUCGUUCGACACGUUGGCCAUGCUGUGCUUGGUGUGAUGAACGUUCGGCUCCUUCUUUUGGAGUCGAUGAUAUUGUUUCUUUCGCGGGAGCCGUUUAUGAAAGCUUGCUUGACUAACACUGUCGAGCAUAACUGGGCACAAGUGGUUAACUUACUAUGGGUGACGGUGCCGAUAUGCUUCGUCAUGUCUUCUUUGUUUGGUUACAUCUGGCUGUAUGUCCUAACAACUGCGGAGACAUUACCCCCGUAUUAUACAUUCGCCGUGUGUGCAGUUGCAGUGUCGUGUAUUAUCGAACUGUCUUCAUUGGUCAUUCAAUUAGUAGCAAGUGCAUUUUUAUUCGUUCGGCUCAAAAUAAUCCUGGAUACAAUUAUGAUUGCUCUUCGUACUCUGACAUUCGUUCCAAUGAUUUUAUAUCAACCUGAAAACGCUCUCCUUGCUUUUGGCAUCGCCCAACUUGUAGCUGCUGUCUUUUACACUGCUAGUCAUUACGCUUACUUCCACUAUUACAUUAAAAAGAAUAUUAAAUCCAAACCGAAGAGAAAGAUGUCACUUAGGGGCAACAACGAUGAGAUAGUUGUGAAAGAAUUUCCUUUUACUUCGGUGAAGGACUUUUUACCUGGUCAGCUGGAAAAUUAUGGUUCCUGUUUAGAUAGAAAAUUAACCAUCCUUACAUGGAGCUUUUUCAAACAAGGUUUCCUAAAGCAGGUAUUAACCGAAGGGGAACGAUUGAUUAUGACCAUCGUGCCAGUUUUGACGUUCGCAGAGCAGGGAACAUACGAAGUUGUAAACAACUUAGGCUCUUUAGCUGCUAGAUUCAUUUUCCGUCCAAUCGAAGAUAGUGGGUAUUUUUACUUUACCCAAAUGGUGAAACGUGACAAACCCUUGUCAGAUCAAAAUCCAUUGAUUAUCCAAGAAAGUGUCAAAGUUUUGACAUAUUUAUGCUCGACCGUGAUGUCUAUUGGCUUGGUCGGUCUAGUCUUCGGGCAGUCAUAUUCCUCCGUACUUCUGUGGCUGUAUGGCGGCGAGAAAUUAAUUUCCUACCUACCAGUUCUACUGUUGAGAACUCAUUGCCUUGCAAUUUUAUUAAUGGGCAUUAAUGGCGUGACGGAGUGCUACACCAAUGCCACUGCGGACAGUGCAACGAUCAAUAAGAACAAUCUGAUCAUGAUCUACGAAUCAAUUACGUUCCUCGUUUCGUCAUACAUCUUCGCUACCUGGUUCGGUCCUGUAGGAUUCAUUCUUGGCAACUGCAUAAAUAUGAGCUUGAGGAUCUUACACUCCUGCAUGUUCAUCACUAAAAGACACUUAGAAAUUAAUUGUCAUCCACUUCGAGGACUCAUACCGAAGCCAGUAUUCAGCGGAUCUCUGAUUGCUGCGGCGAUUGUUACUAAAUUGUCACAUGAUAACUUCUUUCCCGAGGACAAACGUUUACAUGUAUUUGUCGGAGUGGUAAUGCUAAUCGUCGUACUUAUUACUUGGCUUUACGAGAACCAGGAUCUCGUGAAGCUCGGUAUAAAGGAAUGGUACAACUGGCGCAACACCCGGAGAAAAGGAGAUUGACCUUGAGAGUCAUUAUAUUCCACAUUAUUUAUUAACUUAAAUGAUUAUCCAGACACACAUUGCAAUUUACACGCUCUUUAGGGCACAUAUAAAAUGUUAAUAAUUAUACCAUUAUUUUGUAUAACCUGACAGUAUUGUUAAACGUUUAUCUUCCAAUGAACGAUUGGUUAUUUGAGUUAUUUAAUAGAGUUUCAAUCGUUAGUUUAAAAAGAA